AUGUCAGUACACUAUAAAUUUAAGUCCACAUUGGACUAUGACACUGUAUCCUUUGAUGGAUUGCACAUUUCAGUGGCAGACUUAAAAAAAGCCAUUUUCCAUCAGAAGCGUAUAGGAAAGAAUACAGAUUUUGAUUUGCAAAUAACAAAUGCGCAAACUAAAGAAGAUUAUACGGAUGAUAAUGCUUUGAUCGCAAAGAACACUAGCCUGAUCGUCGCUAGAGUUCCGUUAACAGUGCAACAGAAGCGAUCUUGGGAUAGGAAUGAAACCCCUUCGUUUAGUAACUUAAAGGAUGAAUCGAAUCUAGGCCGAGGUGUAGAUCUUACACGGCUCGAUGGUUCUGAAGAAGAUAAGAUUCGAGCAAUGAUGACUCAGUCGACACAAGACUAUGAUCCAUCAAAUUACAUGAAAAUACGCGGAGCUAAUCAAACUGGUGAUGUGCCUGCGAAUUAUCGUUGUUAUAAGUGCCACCAACCAGGGCAUUGGAUAAAGAAUUGUCCACUGGGAACGAACCAAGAGCCUAUAGAAAUUAAGAAAAGCACAGGUAUUCCCAGAAGUUUCAUGGUUCCGGUAGAGGGACCGAGAGUUCCUGGUGCUAUGAUGACACCCACAGGCCAAUAUGCUGUUCCAGCCAUUGAUCACCAAGCUUAUAAAGAAGGUAAAAAGGAACGGCCACCGUUUUCACAAGAUCCAGAGCCUGUUGUGGAAAAGCCUGAAAUUCCGGAAGACUUAUUGUGCAACAUUUGCAAAGAUCUUCUAGCCGACGCAGUAAUGAUACCAUGUUGCGGGAAUUCAUUUUGCGAUGAAUGUAUCCGUACAUUCUUAUUAGAAUCUGAAGAACACGAAUGUCCUGAUUGCAACGAAAAGGAUGUGUCGCCGGAAACUCUCAUACCGAAUCGUUUCUUACGGAAUGCUGUGAUGAAUUUUAAGAAUGAGACUGGAUAUGCAAAAAGACAAACAUAUAGGCCAUCUGUGCAGAUGAAUAGACAACCAGAUAAACCGAAGGCUGAACAACCGACGAGUCAAACAUUGAACCAAAGCAAACCUGCUCAAGCCCCAGCCGGCACAGCUGCACCUUCUCAGGAGAAUGCGGAAUCGCAGCCAGCAAAUUUUGAGCCUGCUCCCCAGCAGUUUCCAGCUAACACUGCGCAACAACCACAAGCAGCAACACUUCCUGAAUCAACAACAGAAGCAGAUUUGCAAAGUGAUUCUGUGACAAAGUUGGCUGCAGACGAAGAAACAGACGUACCACCACCUCCAGGAACAGAGCCCUUACUUCCAAUUCCUGCUAUCGGUAGUUCACCAGAAAGAGACAGAGAAAGAAGUGAUCCCCCAAGCCGUGAAAAGAAAGAUCGUGACAAUGAGUACUUGGGCGAAAGGCAACCAAGAGAGCGUAGAAGAAGUUUCAGCAGAGAUGGCCAUCGUGACAGAAGUGGGGAACGUGGUCGUAGAAUGGAAAAUUUGCGACCAUUGAGCAGAAGACGAUCGUUGUCACCUAGGCAUUCUCAGCACACCGACUAUAGUAAUCAAGGUGCACCGUUACCACAUUUAAUGAAUCCACCUCCAUCGAAAGGUUAUCAAGGAUUGCCACCCGAUGAUGGACAUUAUCCUCCUAGUAUGCAUUAUGAUAAUUCCAUGCGUAGAUCAACUGAAGAUCGUCCAGGCACUCCAACAGUUGAUGAGCCACACUUACACGUACCUUCGUCUGGCAACCAACCACCUCUUCUACCAUUUCCGCCCGGAGAAGAUCGUAUACCACAACCAAGUUACAAUCAACCUCCGCCUAACGUACAGCCACACAAUGCACCUUUAUUGCCGGAUCCAUACAUGAGUCAUCGGAUACCUAUGUACCCUCAUCAACAAGGAUCUCAUUAUGGACCCCCGCGAUACGAAAGGCCUCCUUAUCAACAACAAGGAUAUAGACCAUCGCAACCACCUAGGAACUAUAAUGGACCACCGCGGCCACUUAGGGGAAUGCACCAUAUUGGUUAUCGAGGAUUACAGCCGCCACCGCCAGGAUUAAGUAGAAAUAUACAUAAUGGCAAUCCACCUGGUAUAAUUGACGAUCCUCUAGAAGCUUUCGAGCGAAUGCUUCGUGAAAAAGAUGAACGGGACAGGAGGCUGGGAAAGCAUAGACGACGAAGUAGAACACGAUCAAGAUCUCGUUCUUAUACUAGAUCUAGAUCACGUUCGUUUGGUCGCAGAUCACCGUUCACAACACGCUUGAGUCGAUCCAGAAGUCCUCCUUCGAAAAGAAGGUCCUCGAGAUCACCUUUACCUUUGCGAGCGCGAAGUCGUACCCCAAAGCGUAGAUCAAGGAGUGGAAGUUUCUCGAUCAGCAGAUCUAGAUCGUAUUCCCGGAGUCGAGAACGGGAUCGAGAACGUGAUCGUGAUAGAGAUCGAGACCGUGAUCGAGACCGUGAUCGUGAUCGCGACCGAGAUCGUGACCGUGACCGUGAUCGAGACAGAGAAGUACUUUCUAGAUACCGAUCACCGGCCAGAUCACCUCCGAGAUUUCAAAGAGAGAGGGAUCGUGACAGAGAACGACCGAGAUCACGCGAGCCCAGAGAAGGCUAUAAUAGUUAUUACAAUGAUUCGCCGGCGCACGAUUAUCAAUUCCGAGAUCGGGAGCGUGAUUUACCUCCUAGAGAGAGGCCAAUACCGAGAUAUCCGAUAAGGAACCAACCGACGCAACAUAAUAUACCGCCUUUGCUGCCGCAUCUAGUCACUGGAGGUCACCCACCGCCGCUUAUGUCUUUGGGACCUCCGCCUACGGACAGGAAAGACUAUUAUGAUUCCUACAACAGGUAUCCCGGACCGUCUACUCAACGUUUCACCAGUCCUGUGCGAGAUGCUCCCCAUAAAAGAUUCGACGAUGUCGCUCCUCCUGGAACAGAAGGUUACUACGAUCUUUCGCCACCAGGUGUUGAACACUCUGAUAGACCCUCGCGUGACGACCGAGAUCGACGUUCACUGAGAGAUCAAGAAGAUCGUGAGCACUCUCUGAAAGACCAUGACGUUGAAGAAAGAGAUAGAUUAAGGGACGACAGAGGACGUGAACGGGAUGAUCGUUUACGUGAGAGAGAUGAUAGGGAUCGUAGAGUGUUGAAUCGGGAUCGGGAGGAUCGCGACAGACAAGUAUUACCCAGGGAUCAUGACGACAGGCCACGAGAGAAGGACGAACGUGACAGGAGAGAAAAGGAAAAGGAACGAGACGACAGACAUACACGUGAUCGUCGGGAUGACGAUAGACAUAUUGAAAAGAAAGAUUAUGAAAAAGAUCGUUACAGAGACGACAGGGAUCGUCACAGACAAGACGACAAAAAUCGUAGUCGCGAGAAAGACAGACGUGAGCGAGAAUAUGAACCCGAGAAGGAUCGAGAUCGACAUGAACGUUACGAAAGACGUUCUGUGGAGAGGAAGAAGCCACGGAAAAGUCCAACGCCCUAUUUACAAAAGUCCAGGACAGAUGCCAAGGACGUGUCGCCUGAACGCAUAAAGAAGAAGGACAAGGAUCACGAGGAGAAGAGCGAGGAGAAGAAGAAGGAGAAGAAGAUUAAAGAGAAAAAGAAGAAGAAGGACGAAGAAAAGGAGAAGAAGAAGAAAAAGAAGAAGGAGAAGAAAUCUGGUCAGAAAGAGGCGACGAAAGACGAACAAACUAAGUCAUCCGAGCAAGAGGACUCGAUUAUAGAGACUAAACAGGAAGUUAUGUCGCCUGUGAAACUCGAUCCAAUGAAGCCUGUGAGCGAAGAUGAAAAUAUGGACAGCAGGAUAGAAUGCAUUCCCACGGAGGCUAUCAUAGAGGAGUCAAUUAAAGAGGAAUUCGAGGAUAAAUCCUUAGCUAUGAAUCCGGAACCACCGGAGUUCAACGAAACCAGUCCAGAACGAAUCGACCAUACGGAAUUCGGAACGAAUCCUCCUAAUCCUAAUUUUAAGCCGAUCCCAGAGUUAAAAUCCGAAGCCAAGCCUAUCGAUAGUCUCUAUAGUGGGUUGGACGAUGCGGAAAUAAAUACCGUGAUUACAGAGAAAUAUUCUUUACUUUCGGAGAACGAAACAGAGGAGAAAAUCACUUUACUGGAGGAGAAAUCGCCGAAGAAAGACGAAUUCUUGGCUCCACUACCUGAACUCUCCAAGUGGGAGAGAGAUGAUACUAUUGAAAAGUCCGAUGAAGUAUGCGUGUCUCCCACAGAAAAGAUACAACUGGACGAGCCCAAGUCAACGAAGGUAGUCACGUCGGAGGUGUUAAAACGAGCGGAGAACGCGAUUUUCCAGAAAGCCAUUAACGCCAUUCGACCCAUCGAGAUAAAAAAGAUCAGCGAGAGCAGAGAAAGGAACGUCGAGAUCACCGAGCCGGUAAAAAAAGCGAAGUUGGACCGAACGAAGUUCAAGCCAGUACCGGAGACUUAUUCGCCGACGAGACUUUCCGCGAAAGAGAGGUUAGGUGAGAAAGUGGAGGAGAAUAAGGAACGUAAAAUCAGCCCGAUUAAGAGUUUCUUAGAGAGACGCGAGACGAAGAGUGAAACGCAGUCGAGAAGUCGUUCUCCUAGAGGCAACAGAGAGAAGAGAAUCUCCCCACUUCUGGAUAGACGCGUGGACACGUCGUUACCUCUGCCAGGGAACGAGCGUAAGGUGUUCCUCGAUGACAGGAAACGCGAUAAUAAAGACAGGACGGAUCGUUCGAAGGAUCGAAAUGAUUUCAGAAGCGAACGACACGACAUGAGAUCCGAGAGGGAUCCACGAAUGGACGCCAGGGGUGACUUCAGGUCCAUUCGGAACGAUUCGAAAGGGGACAGAAUGGAGAAGGACAGGGAGAAGGAACGGGACAGGGAAAGAAGAGGAAGGACGCCCACGUGCGCCUUCAAAAGGAACGAGAUUCCAAAGGUGAGCCUUCUGAAGGGCAAGGAAGACGAUGAGGACAGGAGGCGGGAGAAGAAGUCAAAGGAGGAGAAGAAGAGAAAGAAGGAGCAUCGAAGUAGGAGUAAGUCUAAAGAGCACAAGAAACGAAAAGAGAAGAAACACAAGAAGGACAAAGAGAAGAAUUCGGAAAAGAAACAGAAGCAUAAGGAAAACUUGGCCAUGAAGGAGAAGCCCGAGGCUAGCGAAACGAAAAUCAGUUACGAGAACCCCGAGCCUCCUGUCACGGAGAUUGUGAAGAAACAACGGAAGAAUCCGAGACUUGUUUCGGAUCGUAAACGUAGUAUACUCGACGAAGCUAGUUUCGAGCCUGACUAUAGCGCUUCGGAUUCCGAAUCAGACGGCGAUGACGGAAAAAUGAUGCCGUUGCCAGCGAAGAAACUGAAGCUCGAUGAGCCAGACAUAGAGAAGGAAGUGGAGCUAAAGUCUCUUAAAAAGAGGUCAAAGUCGACGAGCAGCGAGGAUUCAUCCAGUAGCUCGGAUACUACGAGUACAGAUUCCGACAGUUCGGACGAGUCACACAAGAAGAAGAAAAAGAAACACAAGAAGCAUAAGAAGAAGAAGUCCAGUAAAAGGGAUACUAGCUCGGAUUCGGAUACGUAUUCGGAUUCGUCGGACACAAGUAGCGACGAGGAGAAACACAAAAAGAAGUCGAAGAAAUCAAAGAGCAGAAGCAAACAGUCGAAGAAGAAGAAAAAGUCGAAGCACAAAUGAUAUCGAUAGAUGUCUUUACUAUUUAACGAAAAAAAAAAAAUGUAAUUCUGACGGGAACUUUCUUUCUUUGUGAAUGCUUUUUAAUAUAAGAUUCUCUAACCAGAAUUAUUUAGAAUUCUGUGCACCGAAUACAAGAUCGUUGUCUGAUGCAAAACGAGGU